AUUAUAAAUAUGGCUGUUUGUGCUGAAAUUGUCAUUUCGGUUAGUUUGUAAUUGGACAAAAUGGCGAAACUUGUUUGCAUCACUUUCUUGGUUGCAGCCGCGGUCUGCUCUAUCAACGCCGGCCGUAUCGUCGGUGGUCAGGUCACCAACAUUGAGGAAUACCCCAGCAUCGUGCAGGUGGAAUCCCGUACUGGUAUCCUCUGGAACCAGGUCUGUGCUGCCAACAUCCUGAACUCCAGACACGUGUUGUCUGCCGCACAUUGCUUCACCGGACUUUUCUUCAACCGCCGCAACCGUCGUAUCCGCGCCGGUACCACGAGACGCGGUUCUGGUGGUGUCGUCAUCACCCUCGCUCGCAUCACCAACCACCCCAGCUACGGAUCCAACGGCCAAGACGGAGACAUCAGCGUGAUCCGCCUCGACAACGCCCUGGUGUACGGACCUGCCAUCCAAGCUGGUGCCAUCGUCAGCCAGGGCUUCCAGAUGUUUGACAACCUGCCUGUUAUCCACGCCGGAUGGGGUGCAGUUUCCAGCGGAGGCCUUUCAUCAUCACAGCUUCGUGAUGUGCAAAUCUUCACCAUCAACCGUCAGCUGUGCAGACAGCGUUACGCCAGUCUCUCACGACCCCAGACCAUUAGCGACAACAUGAUCUGCGCUGGUAUCCUGGACGUCGGUGGCAAGGACGCCUGUCAGGGAGACUCUGGAGGUCCUCUAUACUACGGAGACAUCCUCAUUGGCAUCGUGUCUUUCGGCCAGUCCUGCGCCGACCCUCGCUUCCCUGGAGUCAAUACUGCUGUCUCCUCUUACACAAACUGGAUUGUUGAUACUGUUUCGGCGUAAAUUGAUUCUGUUUUAAGUUAUUUUUAUUUAUUUUUUGUUAUAAAUUCGUUAUAAAUCGGUUUUGA